CUAUAAAUGUUUUUUUUUUUCUUCUCUCUACUGUCCAUAAUUGACCGCCAUUGAUUUUGCGUUGCCUAUCGAGACUCGUACUUGAGCGACGCUCCCUGGCUUUACCAAACGGCAGCUGACUGGAUGUUGGAGGACUGAGAGGAGGAGUAGCUGUUGCAGUAACAACAUCCUGGAUAUUGGAGCCUGGCGGCGCACACGGCUACAGAAAUAAAGGAGAAACCAAGACGUAAGGAAAGCGGUGGUGGUAAUCGCAAAUGCUUCAGUGUAUAGAAGCACAGACAUGAACGUGAACUUGGCAGCUUUCAGGCAUUAAUUGUGGAUUUAUGGUCUAUGGCGCCGAUUGAUCCCGAGGCACCGACAAGGUGAUGCAGCAGCGGCAGGACGGGAUCGGUCCGCUACACGGCUGCCAGCUGAAUGCCUUUACUGGAGGAAAACGGCGCAGCACACGUCCAGCGCAGGCCGGCGUGAUCUUCCAUUAAAAUAGGACAGUAUGUAGAGAGGAUCAGCCAGCGGCUGCGAUACACCCGUGUUUACUUUCAUUAUUGUAUCGGCUCUCGAUAUCGCUCUCCGGUUCAGAGACGCUGCCACGGCAUCAAGCGGAUCAGGCCUGGGCUGAAACACCGUGCGCGCUUCGCGAUAUUUACCGUGGAAAGCGCGUAAUGUGACGCGAACUUUUAUCGUUAACAAGCAUAACGAAACACCUAGUGCUGUAUCAUUGUGUUUACUAUCCGCCUGUCCAGUUUUCUUUAUGUUUACUUAGGUUGCGAUAGGUUGUUUUUUCCUUUUCUUAUCAAACUGCUUUGCCCUUAUCGAUAGCAGAUUAUUGUAUUGCUAGUCUAAGAUAAAUAAUACGCCUGACGGCGGUGAGGGUGGACUCGCCGUUUAUCGUGAAGAUAACGACUCGACCCAACCCGCCUUGACACGGAGAAGCUUUCGGAUCAAAGCGAGGAUCAUGGAUCGGAAUGAUAAGAAGACCCUCACGAGCAAGUGGAAUCAGUUGUGAUCUACAGGACGACUCCAUUUCUAAGAGAUAAGCAGACGUUCGGCAGUAAAGCUCCCAUUACCGCAAUGAGAUAAUAGUGUGGCUUGCACAAAAACAACCUUGACACUUAUCCCACCAUAUUCCAGUUCAUCAUCAAAAUAUGACCACGCCGGCUCUAUUGCCACUAUCGGGACGUAGGAUACCUACCCUCUCGCCAGGUGCCUCCUCAUUCCCCCAUCACAGAGCCACCUUGCGGCUCUCAGAGAAGUUCAUCCUCCUCCUCAUUCUCAGUGCCUUCAUCACCUUGUGCUUCGGAGCGUUUUUCUUCCUCCCGGACAAUUCCAAACACAAGCGCUUUGACUUUGGUUUGGAGGACGUGUUGAUACCGCACAUCGAGUCGGAGAAGGAGGCGAGGCACAGCAGCAGACAGGUCAUACAUGGCGUGGGAGCUCACGACGAGCAUCGACACAGGGAGGAAGAGGAGAGCCUUCGUGACAAGAUCCGGGCAGAUCAUGAGCGGGCACUGCAGGAAGCCAAGGAAAAGCUCCGUAAAUCCAAAGAGGAGCUGAAGGCAGAGAUCCAGACAGAGAAGACCAAGGUAGCUGAGGACCUGAAGAAGAAAGAUGGACCCAAACCACUGCCUCCAGUACCUAUGCCCAAACUGGUAGGGGUCAACGAUGGUGACCCAGCGGACCCUGACACCAAGGAAAAAAGGGACAAAAUCAGAGAGAUGAUGAAACAUGCGUGGGACAGCUACAGGCAAUACGGCUGGGGCCACAACGAGCUCAAACCCAUCGCCAAGAAAGGACAUUCCACCAAUAUCUUCGGUAAUUCCCAGAUGGGGGCCACUAUAGUAGACGCCCUGGAUACCCUUUACAUAAUGGGCCUCCACGAUGAGUUUAAGGAUGGCCAGGAGUGGAUCGAGCAAAACUUGGAUUUCAGUGUGAAUGCAGAAGUAUCUGUCUUUGAGGUCAACAUCCGCUUCAUUGGAGGGCUUCUGGCUGCAUACUACCUCUCUGGACAGGAGGUUUUUAAGGUGAAGGCUGUCCAGCUGGCAGAAAAGCUGCUUCCUGCCUUCAACACCCCGACAGGCAUCCCUUGGGCCAUGGUCAAUUUGAAGAGUGGAGUGGGGCGUAACUGGGGCUGGGCGUCAGCUGGAAGCAGUAUUCUGGCUGAGUUCGGGACGCUGCACAUGGAGUUUGUGCACCUGACGUAUCUGACUGGAAACCCUGCCUACUAUCAGAAGGUGAUGCACAUACGGAAGCUGCUGGCUAAGAUGGACCGACCCAACGGGCUUUACCCCAACUACCUGAACCCACGCACAGGACGCUGGGGCCAGCAUCACACCUCAGUAGGUGGGUUGGGUGAUAGUUUCUACGAGUACCUGUUGAAGGCCUGGCUGAUGUCUGAUAAAACGGACACAGAGGCACGCAAGACGUACGAUGAUGCCAUCGAGGCUAUUGAGCGCCACCUCAUCCGUAAGUCCAACGGUGGCCUUACUUUCAUUGGGGAGUGGAAAAACGGCCACUUGGAGCGUAAGAUGGGUCACCUGACUUGCUUUGCUGGGGGCAUGUUUGCCCUGGGGGCUGAUGGGUCGCCAGAUGAUAAAGCUGGACACUAUCUGCAGCUCGGAGCAGAGAUUGCACACACCUGCCACGAAAGCUACGAUCGCACUGUGCUGAAGCUCGGUCCAGAGGCCUUUAAGUUCGACAGUGGGCUGGAAGCAGUGGCUGUGAGACAGAAUGAGAAAUACUAUAUCCUGAGGCCUGAGGUCAUCGAGACGUACUGGUACAUGUGGAGAUUUACCCACGACCCCAAAUACAGGCAGUGGGGUUGGGAAGCAGUGCAGGCUAUAGAUAAAUACUGCCGAGUAAGCGGAGGAUUCUCUGGUGUUAAAGACGUCUACUCCUCCAACCCCACCUACGAUGAUGUCCAGCAAAGCUUCUUCCUGGCUGAAACGCUCAAGUAUCUCUAUCUACUUUUCUCCAGCGACGAGCUGCUGCCUCUUGAGAACUGGGUGUUCAACACGGAGGCCCAUCCUCUGCCCGUCCUGCACCUGGGCAACAUCACCCUGCCUGGCAGCGAGACCCAGCGGUAGAGCGGACUCACCGGGGGGGCGCUCUCCCCCCUCGCUCGCCCCUUUUCUAAACGCUUCCCUCCUUGUGAAAGACAGCAGCUGCCAGUGCAAAGGAGAGGAGAGAACUGUACCCACCAACCACUGUCUCCUCCUGAACUGUGAAUCAUGGGACUGCAGUGAACGGAGGGGACCGGAACAGACCCAACUCUCUUUAUCUAUGUCUCUCUCAUAUAUUCUCUGAAGGACAGACUGCCGGAUUGAUCAUGUGUGUCUCUCUCUUGUGGCCACUGGUCCGACACAUCCGCACACACUGUACACACAUUAGCGGACUAAAAGACCUUCUGAAAUGGAUGUGCGUUUCUCACUGGAGAAGGAUUUUAACAAGUUCGUUCUUUUUUUUUUUUCUUUCUUUUUUUAAUCUUUUUUUUUUUUUCCUCUCUUUCUCUAAUUUGAUGGCAUUUCAUAUCAUCAGCUCAGCACUAAAUCAAAAUGAUGGAUAUAUGGUUUUCAGACCAGACCGCCUUCAGAGCCUUUCACUCUCUGAGCUGGGCUUCUGGAGAUGGCAGAUGUUGGAUGUGACCUCCUGUGAUCUUUCUCCAGGAUUUCUCUUCAGACAGUCUCUCCGAUGUCUCUUUGUUAAGGUUAGCGGUAAAAGGGACACAUGCUGCUAUCGAACAGCUGCUGCCUGUGACAUAGUCACCACCGUCAUUCCAGAAAUCUGCGCUUUCUGCGUCUUUCCAUUCCCAUCUUUUUUUCCAUCCAUUGUGAAUGCCCAGAAUGUCAUUCAUACUGCAUUCUGAAAGAAGGAUGGGCUGGCAUUUGGUUUUGCAUCACAAUGAAUCAACACUUGAAGGAACUGUAACUUGUGGAGAGAAGUCACAGUGCUGAAGAUGCUAAUGCUCACGGCAGUCACCAUUUGUUUUCAUUUGUUGAUGGUGCCGCUCUGUUAGUCCAGACCAGAUUCUUUCAGCAGCCAAGAUUUACCACUAAUCUUAGCCAACAAGGUAGAGUUUUUAUAUAUAUAUAUAUAUAUAUAUAUAUAUAUAUAUAUGGGUUUUAGAGUUCAUAAAUACACUGUGCCCUUUACAAGAAACCCAGAGUAAAUAAAACACAAAAAACAGUGCAAGGAUUUUAAAUACCAUUGCAUAACAACUAAGCCCAUGAUGUAUGUUGUUGGGAAUACUCCUGAAUGCUUUUCAUCAUUUCAGUCUGGAUGUGUUUUCGUUAGUCAAAUGCAUAUCUGAAUUUUUCAUGUGAGUUUUAACAUGACUUAUUCAGUCCUGGGCUGUAAACACCCUGAACAUGUUUUCUGAAACACGGUGGUGGCAGACAGAUUUCUGAUAUCAGAUGAUUAAACACAACCUGCAGCCAAUCAUAUUGAAGUAUUUUGUUUGUUUUUAUUUAUUUAUUUUUUGGUUUAAUUGACCUUUGAUGAAUAUUGAUUCAGUCUCUUUGGAAGAUGUGCUCAGCCUUAUGCGCUCAGACUCAAGUUUGUUUUUGUUUGGUUUUUAUCUUCAAGUGUGUAAAAUGGCACAUCCACAGAAGAUUUCAUGUAAUCGACCAGGAAAGGAAAAGCUAAUUUUCUCAUCUUGGUUAAUGAAGAAACUGAGAAUCAGUCUGUCAAAAAGACUCGAGCAUCAUUGAUGGGAUGCUGGGUGCCAUCGAUCACUUUAUAUCCUGUCAUUUCAGUUCCUCAUUCUCUAAAGCUCUCAUCCGAGUGUGAGAGAUAUGUGUCCUCUCCUCCCCUCUAGAUGGCAGCAGUGGUGUCCGGCUGCUCCUGUAUGUCAUUUAUUUUCUUUUCUCCCAGUAACAAGACUUUGACUUAAUGGUGAGUGAAGCCCAGGCCAACAACACUCUUCCUUGUUGUUGCUGGGUGGGUUUUGACAAAGCUGUGUUCUGUAUUUGUAUUUUUACCGAACAAAAAAAAAAACAAUAAUUGUAAAUAUGUUUAAAAUGCCACAUAAAUUCAAUAAAGAUGUUACAAAAAGUGAACGGGAUAAAACAAAACAAGCUUUUAUUGUCAGAGGUCUUUUCUUACUUACUAAUUCAUACAAAAGACUUGCAGUGGAUUUCCUAGUUCAGUCUUAUAGUUUCCCACAGUUAUGGAAGACCUACAGAUAUCAGAGAAUUUGGAAUUUCAAGAUGAUAACAAUUCUUAAAUUUCAGAGAAAGCCAUAGAAGUUUCUUUAGUCAAUAUAAUUUCCUUGAUGUUCACAUAGGGCUCAAAGAGUUGAAUCUUUCAAUGAGCCACAUUCAAACCAUAGGAAUUUUAAGACAUUUGUACAUUUAAAAUGUAUUCUCUAUUGUUCAGAAGUUUGAGGUUGGUAAUAUGUUUUUGCUUAAAUACCUUACUUGAAUGCUACAAAUAAAUAAAG